AUGGCUUAUCAGUUCACCAAUAUUUUUGGCACUAGAAAGAGGGACAUGUUGCAGGAGAAUCACGCAGGAUCCCUCCCAGAGGAAGAACCAUCAACCGGUCACCCCUCUGUCGGGCCUGGAGAUCAACCCCUCCCCAUCCUCAGAGACGAGAGAAUCCCGGCCUCGAUGCCAUAUCGCUACUGGCACCUAUUCAAUGACCCAGAGUUGUCACCCCCCGGGCUUACCAUGGGACCCUCGGUCGUCUCGCCCGAAGCAUUCCUCGGCCUAACCAAGCAAUGCGAGUUCCAGAAGUCACGGGGCGAGACGGGCGAAGGUAGCUCAGGCGGAUCCCCUUUUACUCCGGAAAUACAGGACAAGCCUAUACCCCUCAACUUCAGGCUGCAAGGACUGGAGACGUACGACGGUGGCUCCGAUCCCGCAGAGCACAUCGCCGUGUUUUGGGCUCAGAUGGCCCUCUAUGGCACCUCCGAUGCACUGAUGUGUCGGGCAUUGCCGACCACCUUUAGGGGACCGGCACGAGCGUGGUUCAACUGGCUACUCCCGUCCUCGAUCUUGUCUUUCGACCAGCUCGCCAAGGAGUUCGAGCAGAAUUUCCUUGCCAGCAUGCAUCCCAGACCUUCCAUGGCCACUUUGCUCGUGUUAUCCCAGUGCGAAAAUAAGUCGCUCUCUCAGUUCGUGGCACGCAUUUCUGAUGGGUUUGAAGCCUUCAAGGUUCUUCUAGCCAUUGAUCAAGAAGCCGCCAUCAACCAUCCCCGAGAUGCUCUAGCGCGCCAACCAGUACAUCGCCGCCGAAGCUCUGGUAGCGGGAAAGCGCAUGGGCGAGAAGAGGCCAAGGGCAGAAUAAUCCCGAGGAACGACCUCAGUAGCCCCAGGGCAACCCCGCCAGAGGCCCAACCGACAAGAGUUGCUACUCCCGAGGCCCUCGCCUCUCCCUCUAAAUGCAUCUCGUUCCACCGAGACUACAACCAUGACAUGGAAGACUGUCGUGACCUCCAGAAUCAAACCGAGGACCUGAUCCGAAGAGGUCACCUCAGGUGUUAUCUCAAGGAACCUCGGGAAGCAACUCCGCGCCCUAGGGGACCUGUCGAAAGGCAGAUCGACAUCAUCUCUGGAGGACCGGCUACCGACGGCAGCAACUCCACGGCAAGGAAGGCCUAUGCUUGGAGCACGGUCGAGAAAUGUCCCCGACCCGAGCUCGAGCCCGAAAUCACUUUCAGAACUGAAGAGGUUGAGCGCUCCCAUCACAAUGAUGCUCUAGCGAUCUCCAUCCGGAUGGCCAACGCUUGGGUCAAAAGAGUAAUGGCCGACACCUUGACGCCUUCAAGAAGCUCGGCUUAA